AAUCAAUCAGCACUCAACGUCUACAGACGUCGGCAGCUUCAGUGUUCUCGAGUGACGCGUCAACUUGAAGCCGGCCAUCUCUUCGAAGACUCUACCCAAGAACCAUCGCGCAUUUUGCAUCAGAUUCAGCCAAAACUCGGUCGUUAAUUAGCGAUCCCCAUUCCACCCUCCAACAACGCUCUUCAAUUUCACCUGUACCCUUCCAAUCCACAUUACGAGCUAUUGACUUAAGCUGAUUCAGAUACCAAUGCAUGACGGCAGCAUCUUGACACCACCCUCGGGCGAAGAUGUCUUAUAUAUAAAUCCCUGUCUCCACAGAAACACCCAUAUCAUACAUCAAACAUGCCGCACAAAGCCACCAUCAACGACGUCAAGUGCAUCCUCAUCAUCGGCGCCACGUCCGGCAUCGGCCGCGCCCUCGCACUGGCCAUCCAUGAUCUGCCGUCGAAGCCGACCGUCAUCGUCGCCGGGCGGCGGCAGGACCGGCUCGACGAUAUCGCCCAGAACGCGGGCAGCGAGCGCAUCAAGAGCGUCCGGUUCGAUGUCAGCGCACCGCAGGAGACGCUCAAGCGGAACGUGGAGGAGGUCAUCAAGGCCUACCCCGAGCUUGACGCCGUGAUGUUCUCGAGCGGCAUCCAGCAUAUCUUUAACUUUGCCGAGCCCCAGAAGAUCGACGUCAGCAAGGCCCUCGACGAACUCAACGUCAACUACGGCGCCGUGUUCGCCAUGAUCACGUACUUUACGCCACAGCUCCUCAAGAUCGCUAAAACCGGCAAACCAGCGUUCAUCUACACCAUCACAUCCGGCCUUGGUCUUCUCCCUGCACCGCACCUGUCCAAUUACAGUGCAACCAAGGCAGCGUUGCACUCGCUCUCCCUGUCGCUCACGGCCCAGUUGGAGCCGCACGGUGUCUACGUCGUCGAGAUCUCGCCUCCACUCGUCGAAUCCGAGCUACACGACCACCAAGGUCUCACUCCCGUCCUGUCCAAAGUCUGGAUGCCGCUCGACGAAUUCACCAAGCUCACCAUGGCUGAGCUCGCCAAGGGCACCGAGCAGAUCCCCGUCGGCACCGUGAGCGAGUGGUACAACAACUUCGACACGUACAACGAGGGCAAGGGCAACAAGCUUGACGACGUGAGGAAUUUCCAGGCGCGGAUUGCGAAGAAAGACUAGAUCGAUUGCAAUAGGUUAAUUGUAUGAUAUGUUUGCGAGUUGUGCUCAAAAUCCACGAAGGACG